AUGAGAGAUGAAAUGUUUAUGUCAGCUCAACACUGGGAAGAAGAACAACAAAAGAGAAUUAAAACCAGGGUGAACACUCAGAUUAUUCCUGAAAGUGAAAGAAAGAAAAUUAUUGAAGAAGACCAAACAAAAUUAAAGAGAAAGAAAAAACAAGAAAAGGAAUUAUUCCCCACUUUGGGUGAAGGAAGAAACCUUCCUAUUCCUCAAAAACCUUCAUCAAAGACAUGGAGUCAAAUCGCACGAUCAACUUCAAUAGAAGCACAAAAAGCAAAGAAAGAGAGAAUGGACCUUGAAAAGGCUCGUUUAGAUGAUUCUAAAUUCCCUAAGCUUGGUAGUAAUAAAUGA